AUUCCGUGAUUCAAUUGUUGCAAAGAGUCGUUCAUAAAGAAACGAUUCGCUCACGAAUGGCUUUUCACAACCCGUUGCUCGAUGCUGUUAUUCGAGUUCGUUUAGCGGAGCUACAAAGCGGCUGAAGUUUCACUUCACUUGACAUCUGAUGCUAGACAUACUCAUCUUUUUUGGCGUAACAGAGGCUCUGAUGUAAACGUUUUGGGGCUCAUGCUGUGCUGCCAUCUGCUUUGCUCUCUGGACAGACGGUCACUGCCUGACCCUGGAGUCAGAGCCUUGCACGGCCCCUUUCAUCUGAAGCUUCUCCCUUUGCACGACCUGGAGGACACACAGCGCAUAUGAGGUGUGGACCAAGGAGAUAAGGAAGACGACUAGAGACAUUCAUAUGUGUAAUGGAUUGCUAAACCUGGAUUGGAGAGCCCCAGACUUCCUCUGCUCUGACCCCACAUCCUUCAAUAAGUGACUCAAUAAUAGAUUUUGAACCUUCAGAGACCACCGUCUAUCUGUCACCAACUUCCUUGAUUGUUUGCAUUGUUUGACAGUUUGUGUAGCACUAUCAGCAGCUUGUAUUUCCCACUUCAUCUCCUCCCUCCAGUGGCCAGACACCUUAUUUUGUAACUACUAUUAUUAUUCUGUGUGCAUCCAGCUGCUGUCCCACUGAUCUGAUUAGUCACAGGUCUGCAGGCUUGGACACGCUGAAAACAGGAAACAAGGACACGUGCCAUCAAACCAUUUACAGUUCGGCUGUGUUAAUCUCAGAAAAGCAGGGUCCAGUUUAUAUAACACCUGGACACCAAAGUCCCAUCUGGAUCCAUUUAGCUGGUGUGAGAGCUGGUGCGCAUUAGCUAUCUGUCCCUUGCUGUGUCAUGUCGUCUUUUCUCACACCAAGUCUGCUGUUGAGAGGACCAGACGUGCUGGGGCUAAAAUAAGCAGGCUUGUCAUUUUGUUCUUCUUGAGGGCAAGCUGCAGUUCACAGUGUUGCCACUUGUGUGAGAUUCUAAAGCUCGCAGAGGUUCUCUCCCUUUCUGUUCAAUCUGGCCGAGCUGCCCAUACUCCCGAGUGUCCAGACGGUGUGCAGGUUCUGUGGGCGUGGCGUGUGGAGGAUGAGCGAUGUUCCCCCACUGGAGUACGAGCCGCUCUCCCCUGCGCUUCCCAGCAGACCACCGCUGGCUGCAGACGCUGAGCAGAGAACGGCUCUAGCCUUCGUGGGCCUACUCAUGCUCUUCCUACUUUUUCUGCUUGUGCGCUGCUUCCGCAUUCUGCUUGAUCCCUACAGCCGCAUGCCGGCCUCGUCUUGGACUGACCACAAAGAGGGCCUGGAGAGAGGCCAGUUCGACUACGCGCUGGUAUAAGACACUGCCCAGCGAUGGUGGACGAGCCGAGAGCCUCUGCCUUCGCUCUCUCUGUGGUCAGCCCUCGACAACUUCCCACCUCCAUGUGAAUCUCCUUUCACCGCAUUCUGUAGUCACUCCUCAGGUUCCCCUUAGAGCAAUGCUGCCUGAUCCAUGAUCCAUUUUCCCUUGGCCCAUAAAAUCUGCAGAGCAUUCAGUCAGAGUCCAGUACUAGGAACUACUACUAUUCUAUCAGUUAUGAAAAACUAAUACAGUUUUGUGAAAUUCUGUCUUCUAGAUUCACUAGUCCAGAGUGAUGUGUUUUUAUCAAUGAGUUUUGUCAAUAUCAGUCUUUAGGUACGAGAAAUUAACACAAUGUGUUAGGCGUAUAUAUGGAGUUACACAGUUCCAGAGACACAGGAUAUUUUACAACCAUUUAAUAUCAUACAGUCACAAAUCAAUCUCUUUUUAACUGAAGAAAUACAGAUGCAGCAAUUCUGUAUCUGACCGAUGAUGGCCUGAAAUUCUGGAUUUUCAUCAGAUCAUAUUUGCUCUCUUAUCCAACCCACUCAAUUUCUAAAAACCACAUUAUUUUUAAAAUGUUAUCAACUAACUCAGUCCACCUCAAGUCCAUCAUUAUUUUAAGGACAAUAAUUUCAGGCACCUUCACAGUGAAGUCUUCUGAACAUGUUUUGCAAUUACUAAAGUGAAUAGUUUGUAGUCUCAGCCCAUAUUAGAGCUCUGAUAAUCAAAAAUGGUGUUGCCAAAUGCCAACUGGGCAGAGUAUUAGUUUUUGAUAAAUGAGGAACUGUUCUUGGUAGUGGACUCAGAGAAAGUAUGAAUUAGAUGUAUUUUAUUCCAUCAACAUUCGUGUCAUUAAUCACAUCAUAAUUUUUGGGUACCCACUGCUCAAGAAUCCAAGCUUUCAUUUAACACAGUGGGGCUGCCAUAUUGGAUUGACUAUUUCGAGGCUAAUCAGCUAAUUCCUGCCUCAUUCACUACAGACCCAGACUUUAACUAAAUGAAAAUGUAUAGUUUUUACAAAUAAUCAUCAGACAGAUAAAACUGAGCAGCUUAAAGCAGUAGUCAGGCCACUGGCAAAUAUAGUCACCUAGCUGUAAAAUCGAGAACCUAUAGAAAGGACGACAGGCUUUGCUAAUCUGGUAGUCACAGCUACAGCUAUGGCAGCUACUUUGCUUUUCAUUAAAAAAAGUAAACUAAAUAAAACAGGUUAGCUAGCUAAUGUGCUAGUUGUUCACUGGAUUUUCUAUUGUCCAGUUCGAUCUACUAAUUUACUGAUGACAUUUUUUCUUAUUAUCUUUUUUUGUAUUUCUAUGUACUUAGCUCACUUACAGCUAGCAGAUAAGAGAAGUACCUCACGCAGGACUGCCGCAAUCAUUAUUUUGCUCUGCUGAAAUAAAAUGCAGUGUGACUGCUGAUCAAGGCUAUAUUCCAGUCCAGUAUGUCACCAACCUGCUGUAUUAGAGACCGGAUAAACAUACUUACAACUCACUUUUGGAUAGAAUUGGUUAUCAUACACCAGACAUGUAAACAGUGUACACCUGCUAUGUGAAAGUCCCUUCAGACUGCUGCCUUCGUGCACCCGUAAUUAGUACUGUUCUUUUUCCCUGAUGGUGUGUUAUUUCCUUGGUGUUUACAGGAGCAGAAUCCCCUUUAAGAUGUCAGAAAUGUGAUAUUGCUGCAGUGUAUUUCAGUGUAUCUGUAUCAUUUAAAAGCCAUAUCUAUCUAUAUUUAUGCCUUGGACAGUGUUAUGUUGUGUGGCUAUUAGCCGUAGCUGAUCUGCCGAGCUCUGUGACUGCGUAGUGAGUUACUGUGUGAGUUUUAGAACUACUGAAAGUGCUUUAUUUUUGUAUUCAGGCUCAGAUUUGGAGUCUCCUUUUGCUAAUACUGUACUGUAUGUAUUCAGUUUAAGAUUUCUAGCUCAAUGUCUUCUCACUGGAUCAAGAAAAAUAUACUCAUAACAAUGUGUUGCUUUGGUGUGUUUUUGAUAUUUGUACUGUAAGCAGAUUGGAUAUUUUCCUAACUCAUUUGUUUUUGCUAAGCUGGGGCAAUUGUGUCAAAUAAAUAAGGGUUUUAUUCACUUUAUGUUUCA